CAAGACACACCUCAUCUACUCCACUUUCUUUAAUUUUUACACCAGACUACUUACUUCAUAGUGAGAGAAGACACAUUUCUCCAGCAUCUCCAUAAUCAUCCAACUUCACCAUUCCUUGGGCUUAAAAAACGGAUCUUUGUUGCUUCAACGACAAGAUUUGAGGUUGGUUUGAAAGAGACUUGGGGAAUUUUGUGGAAGGAUAAAUUCGAGAAAAAAGAAGAGAGGAAUGUAUGGUGAUUCCCAUGCAUUAUCUUCUAUAUUUCCACCCAAUUUCAAGCAUAAAGAAGAGCAGCAGCAGAUGGAAUCCGACUACUGCAACAAUGGCAGUUAUGGGCUGCUGAGAUUUAGGUCGGCUCCCACUUCGCUGCUGGAGAGUUUCACAGAGAAGACUGGGAAAUUGGGGUUUUCAAGAUUCUACCCUGAUGAAAUGAAUGAGGCUGAGGCUGAGGCUGAAAACGGCGACGUUGAUGAUGGACAUGCCUCUGAUAAUAAUAAUAAGGGUUCCGGUAGUAGAUUUGCGAAUUCGCAACUGCCGCCUCAGUACCCGAGGCAAAGUGGAGCUCAAUUGGGAUACAGAGGCGUGGCCUUGAAUCAGGGCCUUAUGCGCCAGAACAGCUCUCCUGCUGGAUUCUUCUCUCAAAAUGGGUAUUCAGGUGUUGGAAGCUACAGAGUGGGUGGAGAUGGAGAUUUAAGGAAUAGGAAGCCCAUGAUCAGCUCUUCGUUAUCUCGUAUAUCAGAGUUUGAUAGCCAGAAUGGCGGCCUUGUUGAUGAAACAAAGGUCGGGAAUAGCAGUGCUGACAAUUUCAUUUUCACCUCAUUUGCUUCUUGGAACGAUUCUUCCUAUUUUGCAGAAAAUAGUGACAUCAAAAGGGUGAUCGAUAUUGAGAGAUGUGAGAUUGGAAAUAGUAGGCCUAAUGUUCUGUCUCACCACCUAAGUCUGCCCAAGACUUCAUCUGAAAUGGCUGCUAUGGAGAAGCUGAUGCGCCUUCAAGACACGGUUCCUUGCAAAGUUCGUGCUAAGCGCGGGUGCGCCACUCAUCCACGAAGUAUUGCAGAGAGGGUUAGGAGGGGUAGAAUCAGUGAGAGAAUGAGGAAAUUGCAGGAGCUUGUUCCAAACAUGGAUAAGCAAACCAACACAUCAGACAUGCUAGAUUUGGCUGUGGAAUAUAUCAAAGCCCUCCAGAAACAGUACAAGACACUUAACGAUGUUCGAGCUAAUUGCAAGUGCUCAGCCUUUCCAAAGCGUUAGUUUGGGGAACGAAAUAAUCAGAUUUAUAUAUUUCCGUUUUUGUGGAUUUAUGGAGUACUAUUGUUAGUGACUUAUUUUAGGUUGAGUUCUGUUCUGUUGGUAAAAAUUAGGUGCAUGUAUGGCAACUGUACAGGGAUGUUAUGUCUCUACAAUUUAUUAUUAUUAUUAUUAUUAUUAUUA